AUGGCAGAGAAAAGCAAAAUUUUAGUGAUCGGAGGGACUGGUUAUAUCGGAAAAUUCUUUGUGGAGGAAAGUGCAAAAACUGGGCACCCAACUUUUGCACUGGUCAGGGAAAGCACAGCCUCAGAUCCUGACAAGUUAAAAAUCAUACAGAGCUUCAAGAGUUAUGGGGUUACAGUGAUUUUUGGAGAUAUCUUCGAUCAUGAGCGCUUGGUCAGUUUAAUCAAGCAAGUUGAUGUGGUGAUCUCUGCGGUCGCGGGAAGACAGAGUGCCGAUCAAGUGAACAUCAUUGCAGCCAUUAAAGAAGCUGGAAACAUCAAGAGAUUUCUACCUUCAGAAUUUGGAUUCAACGUGGACAAGACCUGUGCAUGCAAGAUCCUGCACAAUAUCAAAAAUAUUGGGAACAGAUCUCUUCCCUGGUGAAACUUUGAGUGAGCCGGUUGGGUGGCCAAACGCGCUGCUUAAAACAGCAUGCAAGGUAUGGUGGCAACCUGAAACGGCAAAGGAAGAUCCUGGGAA